AAUUUCACACCGGAAUUGUAGAAAAAACUGAAAAUUUAACUGUAUUAUUCCGUGAAAAAUUACCAAAAUUUCGUGAAAAAAUGUUUAAAUUUGUUAUCAACACUCUAAAAACUCCAAAAAUGAUGGAUUAUGAAGUAAUAAUGAUCUUUAACAAAUCUCCUAGGGUAAUUUUUCCUGAAGUUGAUACCGUAAUUCCAUAUGCUCCACAUAUUAUUAAUCAAUCCAAGGACAUUAGAAGGACAUUAAAAAAAUAUAUAGCCAUUCAUUGGAGAAUGGAAGAAGGUGAUCCAAAGUUAAUGCCAAAAUGUGCAAGGAGACUAAUUAAAAAGGUUAAAGCUGUUAAAAGAAAGCACAAAAUCAAAAAUGUUUACCUUGCAACUGAUUUUCCAAUUAACGGUGGUGAAGCUCAAUCACGAACUUUUCUUGAAAUUUCUGACUCUCAUAAAAAAGCUAUUGAAAUACUUGGUUUAAAUAUUGAUA